ACCCUUUUUAAACCCCCUUACAUGAACUUAAUACAACACUUGCUAUUGGUUGAGUUGCAGGUUUAGGGUUGGAACAGGAACACAGGGAGAUCCUCUCUCUCCCUUUCUCAUAUACAAUUUCAAUAAAAUCAUCUCUCUCUCUCUCUCUCUCUCUCUCCUAUCUUCCCUCUAAUCCCAUUAGAGGAUCACUAAAAAUCCCCCUGUAUUUGAACAUCAUUUUAAGAGCCUAGAUCUCUCUGGCUCUGAUCAGUGCAAUUUAGAAGCAUAAUCAUUCUCUCUGUCUCUUGUCUCAUCUCUCUCACCAGUACCAUUUAGAAGCAUAAUCAAUCUCUCUCUCACAACUCUUUCACCACUACUAUUUAGAAGCAUACCGUCUCUGUCUCUCAUCGAUAGCUUUUAGAAGCACAAUCUCUCCCUCUCCAUGGAAGAGAAAGGGUACGUAGGGUUCCUGAACUGGGAUGCUGAGAAGCCUUGUGUGAGCAUCGCUUCCCCCCGAUCUCAUGCUCGGAGACCAAGCAACUCUUGGAGGUACGCAGAGCCACGCGAUUCUAAGUGGACAGGAGGAGGGCAACACCAAUGGCAUCAAAAGCAACGGCAAGGCCACCACCUUGGAAGACACGUGUAUCCACAGCCACGCACGUGCGAAGGGUCGGGCAUGCAAGCCAUCUUCCUCUCCUCAAGUGACAACCCUCGCCCUUCAUGUGGGACAGGCUUCUUCCUCCCUCGAAGGGCCGGCUCCCCCUUUCACCUCAAUCUUAAGCCAUCAUAUAGCACGGUUCUCCUUCCCUCUCGAGUUGUGCAUGCCCUCAAUCUCAACGCCCAUGCUUUGGCAAGUUCCCUACAGCUUACUCCUCGAGGUCAAUCUCUCUCUGCCCUACCUACUGCAAAAGAUGUAGGCAAGUUACAUGAGGCAAGCAGCCAUGAGAUAAGCGAACUGGACGACGAGGAUUACAAGAAGGAUGCAACAUCGGAUUGUCAUCUCUUAACUUCCCCUGAAACUCUUCUUCCUAAAGAAUGGACAUACUAGCUUCACAUGCAAAUAUUUUUGUUCUUGAAUAAGUGUAACUCACACUUGCCUAAAUUAUCCCACCUCAAAAUUAGUCAUACACUGGUGCUUAAUGCAUGUAUCACUGGAAUGCUACGUUUCAUGUUUGUGCAAAAACUGUUGAUGUGUACAAAUGUAGAAAUAAUGAAUAAUCCAAGGUGACAUGAGAAACUGGUAUAUACAUUAUUGUUCUACUUUAUUCAUCAUCAACGUCGUUAUCAUCA